AUGGCUUCUGAAAUGAUACAUUUUAUGUGGGCCAAAAUCAAAGCCAAACCAUUGGUGGCAAUAGGACGGUUUAUAUUCUUCUCUCUUCUGAUGAUCCAGAGUGGAUUCCUUGCGGCAUACCCAGCAACUUAUCAAGAUAAAAACAAGAGUACGUUAUGUCUUCUCUGCUUUCCGGUACUGGUCUACUGGAUCUACUGCCUCUGCACUGAAGCAAGCCUUCUAAGAAUGUUUUACACCUGGGGACUCUACCUUGUAGUUUUCUUGAUACCCAUGAUUGCCACCAUAUUUGCUGUAGCUGGCGACGACCUCGAUAACACGAAAUUCCUCGGCCCCAACACUUUAAAGGUAAUUUUGUGCCUUACACCGGUUCUAUUUCUAUUUCUGCCGAACACAGCUUCGGGAUUAAGUGAAAGUGACGACUACCGACAGCUUGCUUUCAGACUGACCAUCCAGGUAACCAUAGAUUUUCUGGCCCCAGUUGUUCAAAAGUUGAAUAGCGCUAUCCAACGGAUAAAUCACUAUCCCACGGAUAAGUGUUAGGGAAACCAAUUGCGCUAUCCAGUGGAUAGUGAUUUAUCCGAUGGAUAGCGUUAUCCACCUUUUGAACAACUGGGGCCUGUUUGAUGCUGUUGAAAUGCUUGAUAUCGUCCUCAACGAGAACGAAAACAGGCAUGGAAUUCCAAAAUGGUUUGGAAGACUGAUUGUGGCACUUGCAUGCUUCAGUUUCCUGGUGUCUCUCUUGCAAAUGGCAGAAAACAAACUCGACGACGGAAUAGUCGAGCAGCGCAAAUGCCCUGCCAUUAUCCGUAACUUGUUUGGUGCAAAUCGUAUGUGUCAAUUUCGUGUUUACGGUAAUUCGUCUGGAUAUCUUUAUCAAGUACAAGAAAGAGGAGUCAAUCUUCAUCGCGAAGAAUGGGAUCGCUAUGUACGUUUCCGCGUUGGAGAUAUACUCGAUUUGCCGAAAUCAGCGAUAUCGGCAGGCUGA